CUAUCUUUGUUCGUCAUAAUGGAAGCAUCGUACUCAGUAGCUCCACCAGCUUUAACAACACCUCUAGUAGUUGGACUGCUAGUCGGAUUAGCCUUGUUGUAUCAGACCUGGACCCAUCCUUUGCUCCAAACCUACUUCAAAUAUACUCCUAGACACACCAAGCUCCCUUCACCCGAGCCAUCUCUCGAGCACGAAGAAAUCAUCGCAAUUAGCAAAGAGCCCGAUUACCCUGCCAAUUGGUGGACAGGAGCUAACACAUAUGAACUCGAACGUCGCGCAGUCUUCAGUAAACACUGGCUCUGCCUCUCGCACCGCAGUCAAUUCUCCAAACCAGGCGACUACCACGCCUUUACUGUCGCCGGAUUCCCCAUAUUCCUGAUUCUAGGCAAGGACGGCGAGCUCCGGGCCUUUCACAACGUGUGCCGCCAUCGCGCAUACCCGGUCACUCGGAAGGAUCGCGGCUCGUCCACCGUUCUCGGCUGUCGGUACCACGGCUGGAGCUACAACAGUCUCGGGCAGCUCAUCAAGGCGCCGCACUUUGACGGGGUGACGGGAUUCGAUCGCGCGCAGAAUGCCCUGUUCGCUGUGCAUACCUUUACGAGCCGGGCGGGCUUCGUGUUUGUGAACUUGGAUGCCAACUUGACGGUUCCGCCGCCGGAGGUAGGGUUGCUUGAUGAGUUUGCACCGCGGUCGAGAUGGGAAGGUGGGCAGACAGUUGAGGGCCAAGUCAAUUGGAAGUUGUGUAUGAGGGUUGCCGAGUCUUUGAUCGAGCAGGAGAGUAUAAGGAGUGCAGGAAUCCAGCGAAAGUUCCUUUGUUGGUUGUUGGAUAGGCUUGGGCUCUCAAAAGAGGGCGACGAAAGCAUAAGCGUCUUCCCGAUCACGACAGUCCAGACAAUUGAGAGAACGGCAUAUUGGUUCACAUUGACCUGCAUCCCGGUGUCUGCGCAGAGGACUUCUUUCAGACUUGAUUUGUACAGCAGCAGCAGCAGCAGCACGAGGGUCUCUGAAACUGAAGCUAUAGCGCAGGAGACGGCUAAUCAGCUCCAGAAAACAGUUGCUGAGCUGGAGACAGAAUAUCGCUUCAACCUUGAGAAUACUAGGUAUGACUCGACUGGACGUGCAAAAACCAUAUCUGACAACACCCUGAUAGGCAUGCAACAAGCUGUCCUUGAUGCACUGAAGGCCCAUUUAAAGUUGGAAAGGCAACAAGGAGUCGAAGUGUUCCCCGCCAUGAGGAAGCCCAGGGAGAAUGCAAGGUUUGAGCAGGCGGAGCAACUUUGCAAGGAGCUGGAUUGUGUAGAUCGAGGCCAGGACAUGUCCUGGUGA